UUCAAAACAAUUUACGUGUUAAUCUGAAAGUUGAAAUUAAUAUUCUUAAAUCUAACUGCUGACCUAAAUUAAGCUUUAAACUAUGUGGAAAAAAUUAAAGUAUAUCUAAUUAACGGUUAAUAUUAACAGAAGCCUGUUGAUGAGUUGGAAGGAUGGUUUGCAUCGUUCGACUUUCGUUUAGGAUGAUUGUAUUCUAAAUUAAUAGUAGCCUAAUUGGUAAUAGCGUUAUCAAGUUAAUUUGUAUUCUUGAAACUUAUUAAUAAAUUCCGACACUAUAUUAAUACUUCGAGUUCAAUUUCUUUUUGUAUUAUAUGCGGAAGUUUCUUUAGUAAAAACAGAAAAUAUUAUACUAAUCUGUAAGGUGUUAUGUAUUGUUUUUAUUUAAAUUUACCCUGUAAGUAAUAAAAUUAUUCGUGCAAGCUUAUUACUAUAUUGAGCAAUAUUUCUCGACUUCAGUAUCUGUCGGUCGGGCGCUUAGUCAUCACUGCAAUCUCGUUACAUUAAAUACUUAUCUUUAUUGAUAAAAUAUACCAUUUAUAUAAAGCAGAAAUUAAGUUGACAGUGCACAGACAGUACAAGUGGAUAUUUUCUAAAAAAAGUAGUUGACUUUCGCUUCUCAUUGUGUUUACGUAGUGAAUAAUGGGAAUACAUUGUGAAAUAAACCUUAAAUCGCCGAGAAAUGGUGUGUUUUUAUCUGGCAGUGUGAUCACAGGAGAAAUAAAGUACGCCGUUGAUGAGGUAACUUCGCUAAAACAAGUUACAUUGUCUCUCAAAGGCAUUGGUACAUUACGUAUGAAAAAGAGAUCACCAUCACGCCACGAGAAGUCCAAAGUUAUAUACCGCACGGAGAAGUACGUAAAUAUACAGCAAGUUCUUUUAAAGAAAGCUAAUGGUGAUGGUAAUGUAGAGAUUGGAUCGUAUACAACGCCAUUUAAAUUUGAAAUACCUGAACGUAUACCACCUUCUGCCGACAUAUUUCGGAAACAGGGCAACCACACAUUAAGAUACAAAGUUGAAUAUUUUAUUUCAAUGAAAUUUGAGAAAACAGCAUUUUUCUCCUUUACAAAACGGUUCAAAAAAGAUAUAAAAGUAUUAUCUGAUAUUAUACCGACGUUGCCCCGGGAUGCGAUGAUUUUCGGGGAGAGAAAAACACUAUUUCAACCAUUCUCUAGUACAGAUUCUAUUGUGAAUUUGAAGUCGACAAUUUUGUCUUCAGUCGUCCGAGCAGGAGACACUAUUCAAUUCGAAUAUGAAAUAGCUAACAAUAGCCACGUGACAGUGAAGUCAGUCGAAACAAAGUUAAUUGAAUUGGUCAAGUCAAAAAAGAGUAGAAGCCAUAUAACAUUUACGAAAAGUGUUGAUGGUACAGAUUCAAAAUCUGGUAGUAUCGAAAAUGGGAAAUCACAGCAAAUGAUUACCGAUAUUAGAGUACCAGAGGAUGCGUUAACAAUUAGUGCUUGUAACUUGGCAGAGAGGAGUUAUGCCGUUCUUAUAACAGUAGGACUACCGAUGCCACAUAUAAACUUUGAGCUUACAAUACCAGUUGAAAUAAUGUUGAAAUCAGAUAAUGUUGUUGAAAUCUCAGGUGAGGAUGCACCACCGUCAUACUGGGAUGUUAUGUGUGAGGAUAAAAAAGAAUUAGAAAUGAAUAAACAUGAUUUAGACGGUGAAUGAUUUUUAUCAAAGGAUCUAUUUGAACGAUAGUAAAUAAAUAAUUUCAAUUAAAUGUCUUAUCAAAACAAUAAAAUAUAUUUAAAGUUUAACUUUUGAAGACUG